CUUUGUCUACUCCUGUGUUACACCACUGCAUUAAAAUCAUAAUACACCAUCCUAUCAUGGAUCUGCUCAUAAAACUUGGGCUCCUGUUGAUGGGGGUCUCAGCCACAUUUGCAGGGGUUCGAUUUUAUAUUCCUCAAGUUACAGGCAAGCAAGUUUUGGGGAAACUGACAAAUAACAGUUUUGCACUUGACGAGCCACAGUGCAUUUUUCAGCAGUAUAACACAACUGAUGUGUGGUUGGUUAUUGCACUGGAUAAGGUUGUGCCAAGUUUGACUCCAGCAAAUCUUAGUAAUCCAUCCAAUUACAAUUUAUUCCAAACUAAAAAAUACUAUCAUAUCUACAAGAGGCCAGCUACUACCUACCCAUGCUUUGAUACUGUUCCAACACCCAAUGCCAUGAUUCCAGUUGGAACUCAACUAGAUUGUCAAAAUGUUUCAUUUUGUAAUGGCAUUUUAACAGAAAAUGGACCUUAUCGCGUUAAGUUUGUUUUGCUGAACAAUACCACUCUGAUCCAAGAGACCCGCUGGUCUGCCAAAAUAAGCCCGCUAACAGGAACGAACUACAAUACUAUUGAUACAAGGAUUGAAAGACAUAGUGCAGGGAUGAUCGUAAUUAUUGUCAUUCUCUCAGUUCUCCUGGCUCUCUUGCUUGCUCUCCUAAUAGCUGCACUUGCCACCAGCAGCAAGGACAUUUGCUGGUGCCGCACUCUUGAUGCUGAAGGAAUACUGGAGGAAGAAGUUGAUAUGAGUGACUACAUCACUCCAUACAAAAAACACAAUAUAUAUUUCACUCAUUCACGCCAUAAGUUUCGUCAAAACCAAAGCAAGAUGUAAAUAAGUGUUCACAUAAAUUCAUCCUUCCUCAUCUAUACUCAUUGGAAUAUACUUUAGAUAUGCUUAAACAUAAAAUGUAAAAAGCGAUAGUUAAAGGGGUUGCUCUUAUGAAAAGUACUUAUCUUCCAUCUAAAAGAUAGAGGAUAAGUGUCUGAUUGCCAGGGGUCGACCACUGCAAUCCUCAUCAAUCAUGAGUCCCAUGUUUAAAGGGAGUCUUUCCCCUAAACUGACCAUUAUAGA